AUGCUGAUUAUCGUGUUUGGUAUUCAUAGGAUAGAUUAUUCAGAUGAAGUAGAAGAAUUAAUUGAACAAAUCAAAACUAAUUUGAAUCAAUUGGAGAAAUUAACUUCUAAACAACUCUUACCUUCUUUUACUGAUCGAUCAAAUGAAGAAAAAGAAAUCGAUCAACUUACUCAUCAAAUCACAAGACAAUUUAGAACAUCACAAGUUUUGAUUGGUAAGAUUGGAGAAAAUCAAGAUGAUUCAAAUUCGAAACCUAAAGCUAAAGCUAAGACUAAAGAAAAUCAAAAGGUUAUUCAGAAUGUACAAGUUGGAUUGAUGAGUAAGAUUCAAGAAUUGAGUCAAACGUUUCAAAAAAGACAAAGAGUUUAUCUUCAACAUUUGAAAUCUACCGAAACAUCAAAUCCAAACCACGCAUUAAUCAACAUAACAGAUGACCAACCCUCACCAAGAUCUCAUUCAUCUUUUUCCCAACAACAACAACAACAACAACAAACAAGAAGUUUUAAAUCAAAUCAGGUUGAUCUACAACAAAGAGAUCGAGAAAUCGAAGGCAUUAGUCAAUCAAUCUUAGAGUUAUCGGAAAUGUUUAAGGAUUUAAGUGUUUUGGUUAUUGAUCAAGGUACGAUGUUGGAUAGGAUUGAUUAUCAUGUGGAAGAGAUGUCGAGGAAUUUGAAAGGUGCUGUUAAUGAACUUCAGAUCGCUAAUAAACAUUCGAAUCGGUCCGGGAAAUGUAAAUUGAUCUUCUUAUUGAUCAUCUUAAUCUUUGCUGCAAUCUUAUUGUUGGUCUUUAAACCUCGUCAUUCUCCUACUACUACUCCUUCUACUCCUCCUUCUACUUCUACAACAUCAACAUCACAAUCUAACAAUCCAAAUACCAUUGCUUCAAAUCCUCAAUUAACUCCUUCAAUUUCAAAUCCAAAUAAAUUUAUUAAACUUCGUUCUAAACUUAAACAAAGAUGGAAAGAUGAUUAA